AUGUUUGUUUUUCAGGAUGACUACAUCAAAAACCCAGAGGAGAACACUGGAUCUGAAGAAACUGUCGACACCACCAAGGAUCCGUGCCAGAAUGUGAAGUGCAGCCGGCAUAAGGUGUGCGUCGCUCAGGGCUACCAAAGAGCCACAUGUAUCAACCGCAAGAAACUGGAGCAGAGAGUUAAGCAGUCCGAGCAGCAGGAGCUUCAUGAAAACAGCUGCAAACCUUGCCCCGUGGCCGCUUCCUCCCCUGUAUGUGGCUCUGAUGGACACAACUAUGCUUCUGAGUGCAAACUGGAGCACCAGGCUUGCCUCACGAGCAAAGACCUGAGGAUCAUGUGUGUUGGAUUUUGCCCCUGCACCUCUGUCCCUGUCACAAAUACUGACCUGAAACAUGAGAGCUGCACGGGUCAGGACCUGGCAGACUUGGGCGACCGCCUCAGAGACUGGUUCCAGCUGCUUCACGGGAAUGCAAAGCAGAACAACUCUGGCAAGCCUGGAUCGAGCAGCGCCUCAGUGCUGGAAAAGAGUCUGGUAGCUAGCUGCAAGGAUUCCAUCGGUUGGAUGUUCUCAAAGCUGGACACCAACAACGAUCUUUAUCUGGACCAAGCUGAGCUGGCUGCCAUUAACUUGGACAAGUAUGAAGUCUGCAUCCGACCUUUCUUCAACUCCUGCGACAGCUACAAGGAUGGGAAGGUCUCAACAGCGGAGUGGUGCCUCUGCUUCUGGAGAGAAAAGCCGCCAUGCCUCGCUGAGCUGGAGAGGAUCCAAGUGCAGCAGGCUGCCAAGAAGAAGCCUGGCAUCUUCAUUCCCAACUGCGACGAGGACGGCUAUUACAGGAGAGUGCAGUGUGAUCAGAGCCGAGGGGAGUGCUGGUGUGUCGACCAGCAUGGAGAGAUGAUGGGCUCAAGGGUCCACGGCAGUCCGGAGUGCGAUGAAAUAGGUGGAUAUUCUGGAGACUUUGGAAGUGGAGUUGGCUGGGAAGAUGAGGAGGAAAAGGAGGCUGAGGAAAAUGGAGAGGAAGCUGAAGAGGAGGAGGAGGAGGAGGAGGAAGGUGAGGCAGAUGAUGGAGGAUACAUUUGGUAGAGCGGAUGAAAAAUAAAACUGUCAGACUGGAAAAGCUUAUGCUCUGAUUGAAUUUAUGGUGCCAGUCGGGUCAGGACACAAGAUGGCGAGCAAUUUUAUUAUGUUUUUUUUCUUAGAUGUGUGUACUUGCUUCAUUCUGUUCUCGGGUUUGGAGCAACAGAGCUUUGUGUUUCUCUGUCCUGAACAGGUAGCCACCGUGUGCUGUAGGUAAACAAAGUCCAUAAGAGUUUGUAUCUUGUAUUAUCAUCAUCUAUGCAUAGAGAGAUUACAAGUUACUUUGUAUUGUGCAAACAGUUGCUGAGUGCUAAAGUUGGUGUCCCACUGGAACAACUAGAGAUUUCAUGUCAAAAAAAAAAAAAAGUUUGACACUUUGGGAGAUAAGAUUUGUGAUUGUUUCUUGCAGAAGGUUAGAGAUGUGUGUGUGUGUGUGUGUGUGUGCGCGCGUGUGUGUGUGUGUGUAAGUGAAUGAAGGGGGAAACAUUUGAAGUGUGAAAAUAACACUUUUAAAAACGUGUUUGUCAUAUUAUGCAGAAAAUGAAAACAACAAAGAAAAUUAUCUGGUAAAGAAUAUCUCUAAAAAUAAAACUUGUCAUAUUACACUUUGAUAAAUGAAACAAACAUUAUAUAAUAUGUAAUUUGCACUGAUUAAACAUGAACCUUUUAUUUCUAUGUUGAGCCAACACAGCAACAAAACCGGUUUAAUAAACUGAGUUACAUUGAUGGAAUGUGAUGUUUUUACUAAUGCAUCCUACCUGGUUAUAAUCUGGUUUAUUCCUUCUUAUCCCUAAAACUAACAAGAUUAUAGAUGCAUCAUUUUACAUAUUUUCUGCUCAAGGUGGUGGGUUUAUGGCUACUUUACUGCAGGUUUGAGCUAAAUAUGGUCUAAUAUUUCUGUUUUUAUUCAGACUGUAGCUCAUCUCAAGCUAAAGACCAGAAGAAGUAUUAUUAGGCUUUAUCAUCUAAAAACUAUAAGUAAAUAAAUUAUAAAUAAAUUUAUUAUUAUUAUUAUUAUUAUUAUUAAAAGUUGGUAGCUUUCAAAUCAUGGUCCAGACACUAUUGAUUUAUAUUUAUAUUAAAUAAUCAGAAUCAGAUGCAUUAUAUUUUUUCCCAUAACAGUUGGAUGUGUGAAACAAAAAAUAUUUAUUUGGCAUGCUCGCCUCAUUUUCCUGAUGCUGUUUAAAAAAUCAGUCCAAAAAAAAAUCCUAUUUUCUAAAGUGUCAAACUGUUUCUUCACUGCUUGUAAAGCUGAUUGUGUAAAUAAUGGUAGAAAUGUAAAAACAAGUUUCAAGUUAUUAUGGUUUCGAGGUACUUUAAUGACUUAAGUGCACAAUAAAUCUUAGCAGGUUUAAAUCUGUAAAUGUUUUCUGAAUUUAACUGAUUCACACAACAAAACAGGACCUACAGUGCAUUUCUACGAGUCAAACUGCACCCACAUUAGAUGUUGCUGUUCCUUUUUCUGAGUUUGCACCUACUGUACUUUGUGUUAUAUAUAUAAUAUGCAUUUCUUGAAGUUCUGUGUAUACUUGAAUUUGCACUACUUUUUUUCAUGAGAAUAUUAUUGCCAUGUCUUCAUCCAUGCUAUUGAUAGACCAGGUGUUUGUUUUUGAGUACUGCAUGUUAGUAAGAAUGUACUUCUAUGCUGAUGAGCACUUUAUUAAAAAAGGCCCUGGAGCCAAA